AUGCCUUUUUCUGGACACUGCCUUUGCAAAGCCGUCACGUACACCGUGGACGUGGACGCCCCUCUCAUCACGGCCUAUGAUCACUGUGAUGACUGCCAGCGCCAGAGCGCUCUGGUCACUGUCUUCCCCAAGGACAAGUUGACCAUCAAGGGUCCUACCAAGAGUUGGGCCGGUAAGGGCUCUUCCGGCCACGCCGUCCACCGUAUCUUCUGCUCCGAGUGUGGCUCCCCCAUUGCCCACGACCCCGAUGCCGCCCCCGAGAUCAUUGCUAUUAAGGCUGGAACCCUGGACACUGAGAUCAAGAAGACUCUGAAGCCGGACACCGAGAUCUGGACCGUCAGCAAGCUUCCCUUCUGUGAGGAGUCCCUGGCUCGCCCUUUCAAGCACAUGCCCGAGUAA